AUGAAGAAGGAAACGUUUUCGGUGGUCGAGCACGACGCCGCCUCCAGCGGUGCCGCCAGCGCCGCCGAGGGGUCCCCCGGCUACUUGCUGAAGCAGAUGCGCCCCCUCCUCGCCGUGCUUGCCGUGGUGUACUUGGCGCUGACCCUGUGCGGCUUUGACGGGUCGCUCAUGCUGAGCAUCUACACCCAGCCCGACUACGUGGCGACGUUUCGCCCCGCCAACGACGGCGGCGCCACCUCGGUGCUGGUGGUGUUCCUGAUCUUCAACAUCGCCCAGAUGGUGCUGGGGUUGUGCUGCCCCCUCGCCGACGUCCUCGGCCGCCGCCAGAUGAUGCGCUGGGGCGGCGUCGGCACCGUCGUCGGCGGGGUGAUCACCGCCGCCGCCACCAACACCGCCACCAUCAUUGCCGGGCGGUUUGUCCUCGCGUUCUUCACGGUGUGGCUGCUGACGGCGGCGGCGAUCUACGUCACCGAGAUCGCCCCCACCGACAAACGGCUGGUCGUCGCCGGCGCCUACAACACGUUGUGGUACGUGGGGCUGGUGGUGGCGGCGUUUGCCGCCUACGGCGCCAACCGUCACUUUGGCGGCACCGCCACCGCGUUCCGGUUGCCCCUCGCCCUCCAGUGCAUGUACCCCGGCCUUCUCGUGGUGGGAACGUUUUUUAUUCCCGAGCUGCCGCGGUGGCUUGUCGGGCGAGGCCGCGUCGACGAGGCGCGGGCGAUCAUCGUCAAGUACCACGGCGGCAACGACGCCGAGGCGCCGGUGGUGGCGGCGGAGAUGGCCGCGAUCGACGCGCUGUUUGCCGCCGCCGCUAUCGCCACCGGGUGGCGCGCUCUCGACUUGCGCCCGUUAUUUGGCCGCCGCCACCGCUACCGCACGAUGUUGUGUAUGUUGUUGGGGUGGUUCGGCCAGUUUUCCGGGAACAACGUGUGCUCGUACUACUUGCCGCUGAUGCUAAACGCCGUCGGCAUCGAGUCGCAGCUGACCCAGGUGUUGAUGAAUGGGGUGUACUCGAUCACGCUGUGGGGGGCGGCGGUGGUGGGGUCGUACUGCCACGGGGUUAUUGGCCGGCGCAAGAUGUUUUUGGCGCUGACGAUGGCGGCGCUGGUGGCGAUGGCGGCGCUCGCGGCGGCGCUGGCGCGGUUCCAGGCGACGGCGACGGUGGCGGCGUCGACGGCCACCUUGGUGUUCAUCUACUUGUUUGGCGUGGUGUUUCUGUUUGCCUGGACGCCGAUGCAGCCGAUCUACCCCGCCGAGGUGCUGCUGAACGUCCUCCGCAGCCGCUCGUUCAUCGCCCAGCAGUUGGUGGCGGGGUUGGCGCUGUUUGUCAACCAGUACGCCGCCCCCAUCGCCAUGGAGCGCAUCUCGUUCUGGUUCUACGUGUUCUACUCGCUCUGGGACGUCGUCGAGUGCGUCAUCAUCUACCUCUUGUUUGUCGAGACCAAAGGGAAGUCGCUCGAGGAGAUGGACGCCAUCUUCGCCGCCGCCAACCCCCGCAAGGCCUCGGUGGCGGUGUGGCCGCCCCCACACCACAAGCGCACCCACAUCUAA